UCGGUUCAGUCUGAUCCGAGCCAAGCCACUGCCCUGAUCCGGCGCGGUGCCUCUCUCCGUCUCCACCGGUUCGCUCUCUCUCCCGGUUCUCGCCGGCUGUGCUCCCUGGUUCCUCUCUCCGUUCCACCACCUGCAGCUCGCCGCUCGCGGUCCUCUUGACACGUUCCGCUCUCCUCCGGUCUAAUCCAGCCGUGUCAUCGAUCGCCGAUCCCGACCCCGACUUCCUUCCUCCUUGUUGCUGGCUCUGCCUGCGCGGUCAGUUCAAGUCGCGGCGAGCCGAAGCGAGGCGAGUCGAGGCGAGUCGAGGCGAGGCGAGGCGAGGCGGAGCGACGCGACGCGACGCGACGCGAUCCUCCGUUCGUCCGUUCGUUCGUUCCUGUCGCGUUCGCCCGCCAGACCAAAAUCACCAUCUGACAUGUCACAGUGCACGCGUCGCCGUCCUGCCAGCCGCCGACGGUCGUUCUUCCGCGUUCAGUGAACAAACGGGAAUAAAAUAACCUUGUCGGGAACACGCGUCGCCGCGUACAACGUACGCGCACUUCUCUCUCUCUCUCCUUUUCCUCUCUGUUUUGUUCUCUCGCCAGUGCCGGGGUUGCAUUCCGACCGACCGUAAUUCUUGUCGUGCGCGCGUUCCUCGAAACUCCGGGAUUUCUGUGGAUCCGCCGACCGGUACCGGAAGUGUGAUGACCCUUCCAGUGAGACGUGCUAUACCGAUCGACACGCCGACACCGGCUCAUCGAUCUGGGAUUUGAGCAUCGGCCGACGAGGAUGACCGAAACCGACGAGCGGAUGAACGAGUGAACAUAGGAAGGAAUCGCAAGAGAAACGAGGGCUGCCGAAGGAAGAGAUGGUGGUAGAGUGGCUCUGCCCUGGACUUCGGCCGGCCGGAAGCCGUAGGCCCCGUCUUCUUCACUGCAAGGUGAUACUUCUCGACGAGCACGAGCUGCUCCAAGAUGUCUUGAGCUCGAACCUGGGUCAAGAGCUGCUGGACAGGGUGUUCAGGCACCUCAACUUAUUGGAGACUGCGUACUUCGGGCUCCGCUACCUGGACCACGGUAAUCAAACGCAAUGGCUCGACCCGAGCAAGAAGAUCGGGAAACAGCUGAAAGUGGUCAAGGGAGACCCGAGCUCGGACGUCCACACCCUCUACUUCGGCGUGAAAUUUUACGCGGCGGACCCGUGCAAGCUCAUCGAGGAGAUCACAAGGUACCAGUUCUUCCUGCAAGUCAAGCAAGACAUCCUGCAAGGAAGACUGCCCGUCUCGUUCGACCUGGCCGCCGAACUGGGAGCGUACGUAGUUCAAUCGGAACUCGGGGACUACGAUCCAAGACGACAUUCCUUAGGCUACGUUACCGAAUUUCGAUUCCUAGCGAAUCAGACCACGGAACUGGAGAACCGUAUAGUGGAACUCCACAAAACCCUCGUAGGACAAUUACCCUCCGCUGCGGAACUCAAUUAUCUCGACAAAGUGAAAUGGCUAGAAAUGUACGGAGUCGACCUGCAUCCCGUAUUGGGCGAGGAUAGCGUGGAGUAUUUCCUUGGUCUGACUCCGAGCGGGAUAAUACUACUGCGCAACAAGACCAAAGUGGGCAACUACUAUUGGCCCCGGAUCAAUAAGAUCUACUACAAGGGCAGAUACUUCAUGCUGAGGGUGAGCGAGAAAAACUCGGAGGAGAGGACCCACGGGUUCGAGACACCGUCGAAGGCAGCCUGCAGACACCUGUGGAAAUGCUGUCUGGAGCACCAGGCGUUCUUCCGUUUAAUGGCCACGGGGCCCCCGCCGUUGAGCCCUUACUCCCGCUUCCGCUCGUAUAGUCCUCCGUCCGGCUCGGAGAAGCACACGACGAUCAGACGGAAUCCGCCGCCGAUCUUCCAGAGGACGCCGAGCCGCAGAGCCCAGCGACGCGUGGUCGAGGGCCAGGAAAUGGUCGGCCCGUUCGUGGAAACGCCUGCCGCGGUCAAUGCUAAUUCGGCCAGCAACCCGGCCGCCGGGAACGUGUUGUGCAACGCGCAGAACGCCAGACGGGUCAACAAUUCGAGUCCAAGGAGCACCAGGAGCGCGCCGUGGACUCAAAGCCAGCCUCGGGGCCUUUAUACUUCGUCUAGUCCUCGGUCCGUCCGCUCCGCGGGAACGGCACCGGCACUCUUGAGCAGGCUCCAGCGGAGGAGCAGCUCGGUGGAGAGCCAAAGUUCAGGGGACAGCCAUAGUCGCGGUGGUCAUCGUAGAAGAAGUCAUAGUCAUAGUCACCGGAGGCACAGCCGUCACUCGGACUGCGAGUCCGAGCUGUCGAGAGGUUCGGACUCGAGGUCCGGUCAUCGCAAGCACCGCAGGAAGCACAGAAGCUCCCGUUCUUCUAGGCACGAAUUGGUCGACUCCGAGCCACAAUGGAGGGAAGCGCAGAAACGAAAGGGCGAGGGCGUACAGCGAGCCGUUGUCAGCCAUACGGAGCCGAGAAGAAGGCACAGGAGCAGACACCGGAGUCCCUCCCAGAAGCAAUCGCUGCCAGACGAGCUUAGGAAACAUUUGGAGUUCGGGCUAGUCGACACGACCGGAAUGAGCGAGCAGCAACGGCGAGAGAUACCGUACACGGUGGUUCAAUCGCAAUCUGUACAGCAAUGUCCCUUACAGUCUAGCAAUUCCCGAUUGGACGAGGCAGACUCGUCGUCUCUGCCUAGAACGAUCGGCUCCAUCGGCAAAAGAAACAGAAGAAUGAUACAGCAUAGUCGCGACGGAGGCUAUAAUUUGCCGGCAACCAGGCCGGCUCAUGUCGAGACUAAGUACUACGACGGUAGUAGGAGCGAGUGCAAUGUGAGGAAGGACUUUUAUUAUACUCGUAACAACAGAAUAUUGAUAGGCAGUAACGUGGACAGCGGCCUCGGGGAAAGCACGCCGCAGGAGUUUUCAAGCUGCUGCUCAAGCUCCGCCGACAGCGCAAAACCCACCCGAGUAACGCAAUUGCAAUUAGGGGGAGAGGUACGCUAUGAACUGUCUUCAAACCAAGAAAUCUACCCUCCUGUUGAUACUACUCUGGACGCUGUUCUGCAGCCCAUAAUAUCAACUUUAACAAGGAGGCAACGUCAUCAGCCGAAAUGAGCGUGAAGCUUUAAAUAAAUACAAAAUAGACAUUUAUGCACAUAUUGUAUAUUUAAGAAAGUUUUUUAUACCUCAUUCAAAUUAAAUAUCUAUAAUCCCAUCGGUCAUCGAAACUCAUGAAAUGAAACAUAAACAGUGUAUCAAAUGCGCAGCACUUAUAUUCCUUAAUUUAAACAAAAAAAUGAAAAGUGCCCCUAAUAUUAUCUAGUCCUUUAUUUUAGCUUUCUUUAGAUGCCAUGUGCCUCAUUAGAUUUCCUAUAAAUUUUUCCAUCUUCUUUAAGUCCUGUGCUAUCUCUGUUUUAUACUGUAGACACUACGACAUAAAAAUGAUCGUUGUAUUAUUCGGAAUAAGCUUUUAAAAAUGAUCGGUUAAGUUACAUAAUGGCAAUGCUUACCGUUCGAUUGUCUGUAAGUUUCAAACAUAGAACACCUUUACUAUGGCAAUAUUUCAUUGUAUACCGAGUCUGAAAUACAAAAAAAACAAUUGAUUAUAAACUUACACCUAGGAAACCAUACUUUUAGUCGUAUAGGUAUCACAUGUACGUGUACAUAUUAAACGAGCUUUACCUGUUGUCAAAUAUCUAAAAUAAAUAAAGAUUAUAGAAAAUAUAAA